AUGUUUUAUUUUUAUUUUCAAGAUUUUACUCAGCAAGUUUUACUGAAUCAAUUUAAAAAAAUUCCUAAUGAACAAAUACAAAUUUAUUCAAAUGAAGAAAGUAGUCUAUUACCAAAACUUCGACUACCAACAAUGGCUGAUAAACCAUCACCAAUUAUUAUAUUUCCUCAAGAAAAUUUUUAUUUUUCAUAUGAUACAGAACAAAAUUCAACUAAUUGUCAUAGAAAUAAUAAAAAUUGUCAACAAUCAAUCAUAGGAGAUCAUAGUGAUGAUCCUCAUCAUCUAUCAAUGCGUACAGCAUUUUUUGCUUAUGGACCAUUAUUUAAAAAAGGUCAUAUAAAUGAACCUGUUCUUAUGACAGAUGUAUAUGCAUUAUUAAGACAAAUUCUUUGUCUUUCACCAUUUCCUUCAUCAAGAGGAGGUUUAUUUCAUAUACACAAUAUGCUUGAUUUAACAUCACUUUCAAAUACAUGUGCUCAUUUAUAUUUAUCAAGUCUUAAUAUGAUUAAAUCUGUUUCAACACAAGUGAAUAAUCAAAAUAAUACAAUUAAUAAUGAUUUAAAAUUAGUACAGAUUAAUAUUACAGAAAAAUAUCAAAUACCAUAUUAUCAUCAUCAUCAUCUUAUACAAAUGAGUAUUACUAUCGAUUAA